AUGUUGUGGCGUCGGUCUUACGACGUCUUGAUAGAGAUAUGGCAACAGGAGGAUAAUCACUUCAUCGAGACGGGAUAUCGAGCGGCAUCUAAUUCUCUUCGAGAAUGUUUUGCAAGUUGGGGAUACCUCCACAAUGAGACUAUUAACAUUUGGUCUCAUUUAAUUGGGGCAGCGUUGUUCGUGGCUCUACCGGUCUACCUGUACAAGGCUGAGAUACCACCUAGAUAUGCCGUGGCUACCAAGGAAGAUAUCGUGGUUUGUGGGAUAUACUUCUUAGGGGUGGCGGUAUGCUUUUGCUUGUCGGCAGUGUACCAUACCAUAAUGAACCAUAGCCAACAAAUGGACACAUUUGGAGCCCAGCUAGAUUUCCAGGGAGUCAUUCUUCUGAUGUGGGGAGCAACGAUUCCUCUUGUAUACUAUGGUUUCUAUUGCGAUACCGCAAUUCACAGGUAUUCUUAUUGGGCUCUGUUAUCACUACUAGCAGUCGCUUGCUCAGUAUCUACCUUUCAACCUCAUUUUCGAGAUCCAUUUCUUCGACCUGUACGAGCCGCCACCUUUGGCAGCUUAGCUGUGGUCACAAUGGUGCCUGUCGUCCAUGGUGCGACUGUAUACGGCUGGCAAGUACAAAAUCAACGGAUGGGAAUCACCUGGGUUUUGAUCACGUUGAUGCUGAAUGUACUUGGUGCAACAGCGUAUGCCAUCAAGUUUCCCGAACGUUGGUUCAAUAAAACGUUUGAUCUGUUUGGAGCUUCUCAUCAACUCUUCCACAUGAUGGUGGUACUUGCAGCUCUCGUGUACAGCAAAGCUAUUUUACAAGCAUUCGACUUUGCCCAUGCAUACGACCACACAUGCAACCGAUGA